AUAACCUCAUUCUUCAAAGCUCGUGGACCCUAGUAGUCCACUACCAUAAGUGUUAGUUCGGUUAAUAUAGUUUAAUUAGUUAAGUGGAUUUUAUUCUUUCAACUUUCAAGAUGAUGAGAAGAAUUCCUGAGCAGGAGACGCCUAUUGACCAUGUCCAAAUGGAUGGCUUGGCUGUGAUGAAAAUAGUGAAACAUUGCCAUGAAGAAUGUGCAGGAAAUUUAGAAGUAGCCCAAGGUGCAUUACUAGGUCUUGUUGUAGACAAUAGAUUGGAAAUUACUAACUGCUUUCCCUUUCCUAAAACUUAUGAUGAAUCUAUUGAUGAAGAGGAGUAUCAACUCGACAUGAUGAGACGAUUGAGGCGUGUCAACGUUGACCAUUAUCAUGUGGGCUGGUACCAGAGUUCUGAUGUUGGUAGUUUUUUAAGUGGCCCCUUACUGGAAUCACAGUAUCAUUACCAAACAUCCAUAGAAGAAUCUGUUGUGUUGAUUUAUGACACCCAGAAAACUGAAAGAGGAUUCCUAACCCUUAAAGCAUAUCGUUUAACCCCUCAAGCAAUCGCUAUGUAUAAGGAAGGAGAAUUUACUCCUGAUGCCAUGAGAGCUCUAAAAGUUUCGUAUGAGAAUUUACUCACAGAAGUCCCACUUGUCAUUAGAAACUCUCCCCUAACUAACAUUCUUAUGAGCGAGUUGGAUGAUAUGACUCCUAGUUCCGUAAAUUUCCUGGAUCUAAGUACAAAUUCUGUCUUAGAAGGUCAUCUUAGAAGUUUAAUGGAGCAUGUUGAUGAUUUGAAUCAAGAAGCCAUUAAGUUUAAUCGUUAUCAGCAUGCAGUUGUCCGACAAACUCAGGAUAAGCAAAGAUACGUUCAUAAAAGGAUGCAGGACAAUGCCGCCAGAGCUGCCAAAGGUGAACCUCCUCUACCUGAGGAAGACCUCAACAAGUUAUUCCGACCAAUUCUCGUACCCCCCAGGCUGAUGCCUAUGAUUAUGGCUGGGCAGAUAGAUGCCUACUCACAACACAUUUCACAAUUUUGCUCCCAAUCUCUUGCUAAAUUGUACAUGAUGCAAUCACUGCAAGAAUAAUAGUUAAUAAAUCUUUAAAAUUAUCUUCCUUUUAUAUUUACUUAUAAGGAACAGAUUUCGGUUUCCAUGUUUUUUUCAACCUUUUUCCUCUCAUUACAUUAAAGUAAGCCAUUUGUUUUUUCUAGAAAUACCAGCUGCAAACAAGUGAAUGUAAGAUCGAUUUGAAUGAUUUAAUUGAUUCUUUUGUGGCUGUGGCAUUCUUUGUUUAAAUCAGUUUGAUAUCUUCAAGUAAAUUAAUUUUUAUAAAAUCAUUUAUUUUUUAAUUAAAUAAAAAUAAUCAACAGAUUUGGCAUUAAUAUGACAUUAUUUCAAUUGAAUUGCAAUAGCAAGCUUAAUCUUCAUCUUCUUGAACUAUAUUUUUCACAUUUACUGGCCAUUGAUUGAAUGACACAAUUUUAUAAGAAGAACAGUGAAACAGAUUUAUUUCUGCCUGUGAAAGUUGAGUAAUAAAAAUUAAGAUUUCAAAGCUAUUUAUGAAAAUAGGAAUAUCAUAAUAUUCCCUGAAAAUAACGCUUAUGCAUGAAACAUUUAUGUAUUUCAUUUUACCACAAGAGAUAGAAAUGGUAAGAAAACUCCUAAUAAUACACUGGUGCAUCUUGAACCUGUCUCAAAAGC